UGCCCGCAGGUGCCCGGGCGGCGCCGGGCCCUGCCCCCCCGGGGCGUGCGGAGGCCAGAGGCGAGUCACAGCGACCGGCGGGCGACGCCCUAGAACCGUCCAGCGACUGCAGCCACAGGUGCUGCGCAGGGCACCGUGUCAGCCCGGAGCUGGGACCCGAGGCUCCCAAACUGCUCCUAACCCUGGACACCGAGGCCCCCGGGCCGGAGAGCAGAGCCCUGGGGUCGCUCGAAGCGCAGGACCACGAGCCCCCAGGGCGCGAUAGCGCAGCCCCGGAGCCCGCUGCAGAGCAGGUCCCCGGGAUUCCCAGGCCGGGAAGCGAGGUCUUUGAGCCCUCCUCGGAGCAGGACAUUGAGACCCCCGAGCCGGAGAGAGAGAUCUUACAGCCACCAGCGGAGCAGGACGCCGAGCACCGGGGACCGUGCGCAGCCGCGGGCUCUGAGCGUCCGGGGCCAGGUAGCGACCACGGCUCCGGGCUGUGUUCGGCGCCCAGCGCGGAGGCCUCGGGGCAGCGCCCACCUCCCGAGCCUGAGAGCUCAGCUUUGGGCUCAGACGCGGAGAAUCCCGUGCGGCGUCUGCCGCGGAUUCCCGAGUCCCCGGGAGGGCGCCCGGUGGAACCGCCGAUGGAGACGCCCAUCGAGCGCGAGAUCCGCCGCAGCUGCGAGCGUGAGCAGAGCCUGCGCCGGAGCCGGGGCUUGAGCCCAGGCCGAGCGGGCCAGGAGCUUGUGGAGCUGCGCGUGCGACCGCUGCUGCACCUGCCAGGGCCCAGCCCCGCGCUCCCGCGAGCCGUGGAGCGCGCACGGGCGGGCGCGCAGAUGCAGCGGGAAAUCGAACGCGAGGCGCACCGGGAGGCGGCGCUGCUGCACCUCACGGGCUCCGAGCCUUGCGUCCGGCAGCCGCCGCCGCCUCUGGGCGAGCUCCGACGCUUCUUCGAGGCCGCCGCGGGGGGCGACUCCGCGGGGAACGACACAGGUCAGCAGCGGCUGCCGGAGGCCGAGGCCAGGGGGCGCUCGGGGGUGCAGGUCCGGUGCCCGGUUCUGGGGCGCGCCCCGCCACCGCUCGCGCUGUCCCUGCUGGAGCAGGAGGUGCGCCAGGUACGCGAGCGCGAACAGGAGCUACAGCGGCAGAGGUGCAGCGUCUACGGCACCACUGAGUUCAAGGAGCCCGCGCCAAGUCUCACGGCGAGCCGGGGCGAUGGAAAGCUGGCAGUGACUUGGCCCCCCCGCAGAAAAGCCCCGGACAGCGGCCUGGAGCAGGAGGGGCGCAGACCCUGAGGCUUGGAUAGGCUGGGACCUCUGGCCGGAAGCAGGGCGGGGGGCCAGCAGCCCGCUCCAGGAGGAGGCCUGGAGCUGCCCAGCCGUAUACACUGGGAAAACUGCAAUCGACCCGCACUUGGCCUGGUGGGAUGCACCAGCCUCCUCUCUAAAACUACUUGGUCUCUUCUGGGAACCUGAUCACCACCUGCAGCCCUGUGAAUGAAACUCACCACUCUUUCCACGUAACUGCACACAGAGCUAACCUUUUCCUAUUAAGAGAGCCGGGGCCACCCAACCCACUCACAACCAAUAAAGCCCCCUCCUUUCUGGGCA